AUGCGCCGGCCGGACGGAGUAGCGGGCACUGAUUGGGCAAUGCGCUGGCGGGACGGAUUUGGCGCGACACCCCCUCGACACCUCCCCCUGGCAGAAUCGACGUUUUUUGGUGGUGACCGCCCGACCGUCCGGCCGAAACAGGGCGGCCAGUUCCUCCAGAACGAACACCUCGACGAGGACGUACAGAAGGCAAUCUGCGUGACCUUUGCCGUUACCACCCGCGCUCGCGUCACCACGGUUGAAGAAGCCCCUGAAGAACCCCCUGAAGCUGCCCCUGAAGCUGCCCUAGAGCCAGCCCAGUUAGUGGAUGAAUACGACGUCCUAGACCUCUUCUCAGACACUAACUCUGAGGUGAGCGAGCCUCCGGCCACCAUGCCCGACGAAGAUAUCCCUGGGGACGCCCAUAGGGACGUCACCCCCGAAGCAACCCCUAAACCAGAGGCUGAAGCCCCUGAAGAGCCCCUGGAGAACCUUAUCACGGAGGCCUACGCGAACGAUGAGCUUGUACAGGCCAUGAUCAAGGCAGUGAAUGAAGGCCUACCAUGGCUACCCACGCCUAUUAGAUCCCAAGGCGUUAAGCUCUCUAUGGUAGACCUGAUAAUACGCGAUAACCAGCUCUAG